AUGAAACAGUGUAAUGUCGCUCAUACACUUGAUAUAGAAUUCAUCUUACACUUUCUAUCCUCGUUCAAUAGUGAACAACGUUUAAUUUUAGUAAGAGAAUUAGAAUUUGAACAUGAAUACAGACUGGUUGAUUUAUUAGAAGCCGAAAAAGAUACACCACUACGAGCGUGCACAUUAGCAUUGAUACUGGAAUCGGAAGAGUUGUAUGCGAGAAAUUUUCACGAUUUAUUACAGAGCAGCUAUACAAAACACCAUCAUUCACUAGUUGAAAUAUUGUUAACACUGAAUAACGCAGAUUUGAAAAAAUUCAAAGAUCAUUAUGAACAGAUUUACGGUUGUACUAUCGAAAAUGAUGUGAAAAAUGUUAUAACAUCAACAACAAUUUAUCGUGAUUUAUUAUUAGCAAUGUUGGAAGGACAACGAAGUGAACAAAUAAGUCAUAGUGUAACAAUAGCCAAAAUGAUAGCAAAACGUUUGUAUGAAGCUGGUGAAGGAACUCCAGGACUAGAUCAUGAAACAUUUAUUAAAAUAUUUACAUUGGAUAGUUUUUCUCAAUUAUCAGCUAUAUUUGAUGUUUAUGAAGAUAAAUAUGGGAAAUCGAUCAGUAUUCCUAUUAAUCAAGAAUUUCAACAGCAGAUUGAAAGAGAUAGUUUCGAAGAUAUAGUACAAUAUACAAGAAAUCCAGCCGCCUAUUUUGCAAAUAUAUUACACAAAGCAUUAAAUGAAUCUCCCAUAGACUACACGUCGUUAAUUCGAAUUAUUAUUGGUCAUGCAGAAAAAGAUCUACAUGAAAGUGCAUUAGAAUAUUGGAAAUUAUUUGAUGAAUCAUUAGAACAAACAAUUAAAAAUAAAGCAGAAGAGGGUGAAAUUAAACGAUUACUUCUCACACUCGUCACAAAUGGUCGUCUAUCUGACAAACAAACACAACAUGUGGGCAGUGGAUCAACACCCCCUACAGGUGGAAGCACUAUGGGUAUGAAACGAAAUCGUUCACAAGAAGCGUUUGAUAAACUUGUCAAUACAUUGAAAGGCAUUCGACAUUAA